GAUGAAAGCCUUGAAACGUUUUUGAGCCGUUUAAAUUUGUCUCAGUACCUCGAUAAUUUUCGAGAAGCAGGAUUUGAUGAUCUGGAGACAGUAGUUACUCUGUCCGAGGAAGAAAUAGAGAAACAUGUGGGAAUUGUGCUACCAGGCCACAAGUGUAAACUUGUUUUAAACUUUGAGAAGCUCCGUCAGCCAGCUCAUUACAACUUCACGCCGAUUUAAGUGUGUACCCCAAAUUUUGGGGUUAUCAAGUAUUCAUAUAUUCAGGCUAUUCUUGCCAUUGUCGAUUACCUUCCGAAGAAUCCACGAGCGGAAUUCCUUUGAUUUAGGUGCGAUAUGUCUCUUUUGUUUCGAAUUUUGUUGCUUGAUUGACUUUUUAAUCCCCAUUGUUACCUGAUGAGUACUGGACUUGUCCAUCCUUUGUUAGAACAAAAUGAACAACGUUCAGUGAUGGCUGUAGAACAGUCACCGUACAAGUACUCCAUAAAGAGCUCACCAAUUUUGUAAUGGGAAUCGAUGAAUCGUAGAAUUUUUCAAUGUACGCACUUCCAGGGACACACGAUUUCUUAUUCUGAGUCGCAGAUUGGUAUUCCUUAAGAUUACUCUUGUUGAAAAAAAAGUUGUCAGCUUCAUUUUUUUCAGCAAGGAGAGCAGUUAUGAAAUCUCCUAACACUGGCGCGUCAUCUACUCUCUCCCUGACCACCUCUGCCACUCGCCACGCAUUUUUGGACAUACGACUUUUCUCGUACACUUCAAACCCCUGUGGUGUCAUUUCUGCAAUCUCUUGAUCGGUGAGAUCAUCAAACCGUUUAUAAAAGUUCCAAUCAAUAGUGCCACCAUCGACCACACUAUCACCAAUGGCAGAGUUCGUCCUUUCUGCUUCGUUUUGCCCGCUGUCUCCACGAGAGCGAUGGACACGAAUACGAUAAUCACUUUUGUGUACGCGCGCUAAUUCGGCGUCCCGAAAUUUCACCUCAAAAUUUGAUACCCCUACGCCUGGUCCGGCGUCAGUUAAAUCUGCCCAAUUGGGUUUUACAGGGGGCAAUUUCAGUUCAACAAUGUUGUCGAGGACAAAGUUGGCUUUUGGAAGAACAUAUUUCGUGAAGUCUUCCCAAAGGCUUUUUUUGACAUUUCCUUGGGACAAAAUUGCGACUGCAGCUGUAGAAAGAUCUUUCUGUUUUUUAAUCAGUUCAUUUCCUUUCACUUUCUCGAAUUCAGAACAGAGAUGAGAGUUAAUGGUCCACUGCAAUUCUCAUAUUUCUCCUCGCCUUAUCAAAUACUGUAAUCGAUUAUUUUCAUACAAACGAUGCUUGCAAUUGUUAUUGCCCCUUACCUUAAGUAUGUCACCUUCUUCCGUCAUGUCAGCAUAUAAGAAGACAUCAUCUUAGACAGCGGCACAAAGUGAUCGAAAAUAUUUUGAAUAAGAGUUUCAUAGAUCUUUAGCCUCAAAAUCAUCAGGAAAAACCAGCCGUACCCUUUCUGUUUCAUUUGCCCAAGUGUUUCCUGAUGAGUCAACAUAGGCUUUGGGUCGAAUAACAACAAAGUGUCUAUCAUUUUCCAUUCACAAUUUUUCUCCCUUGUCAAUAGCAACUGGUUUUUGCGUAAAAACUUGAUGGGUGGAGGACGUUAUGUACAUUUUACUUUCUGGCCAGUCAUAUUUAGGGAGUUUUCGAGCGUUUUCUUCAGCAGAUAAGGUUAGAAUCCGUGAGUUUCUAGUUUUAGCGAAACCCUCUGAGGUUCCAGGCCUCAAAUGCGCUUUGUCGUCUAUUGAUCGCAUAAAACUUAGUUCGCGGAUAUUGUCUGGUGUGGAUGAGCCAAAAAAAGUAGUCUUUAUAUUACGAACAUGCGCACGUUGGUAAUGGGUGUUUUCGUUCAUUUGGUCUUCUGUCUUUGGUGGUUUUUUAGUACAAAAUAAAGCAUGUCCCUUGUGCUUUGCGCUUUGUAUGCUUCUUUUAUCUCGUGGCCUCGAACGAUUCCAAGCAGUAACCGCUGAUGAGAUCGGUGCUUUACCGCGUUUUUCCAGGUCAUAGUUUGCAAUGUUUAACAAAUCGCGGACCUUUACCCUUCUGUUGGUAAACAUUACAGUUUCUUUGCGCCGACCAUGAUACGUUGCCUUUGAUUCGAUAGCUUUUGCAAUAAACUCUUCACAAGCUUCGUCGACUUUUUCAUUAGCCCCUGCUCCUAGGUGUCUUCUUCAAGAAGUUUGGUAGCUGUUCUUUUCUGCAUCUGCUGAAGUCUCUGCUGUGAAUAUUUAGUCUCGCUGAGUUGGAGAUUAUGGAGCAUUUUCUUUGCUUUUUCUGCAUUUUCAAUCCUGUCUUCCAAUUCCUUCAAACGUUCACUAGUCCAAGUAUUUCUCUUUUUGGAUGGAGAUCUUUCAUGGAGACAAUUUCCUGGGCAAGGUGUUUCACUUUAGAAUCAAUUCUCAAAUUGACCAUGUCUUUUGCUGCUAAUUUUGCGUUCUCACAUUCUUACACUCCAUUCACAAUCACUUUACUAGCACUGCGAACACUGUUUGCAUCCAAACCGAGAUUUUCUAGUUCAGAGUUCGAUCUAGAUGAGGUAAGGAUUACACGCGCACAUUUGCGAUCCCAUUUAGUAUCCAUAGACUCUAAAAUCGCACUUGUGUUGCUAGCGUUUAGUGUAAGGCCCUUGUUUUCAUCGACAAUAUCAUCACUUGGUCGGUUGUGGUCUAAAAGUAACCACUGCAGCAAAGAUUCUGUAUGAUGACUUCCAUCAGGACGAAUAGCAACAACAUGAAAGUGAUUAGGUUUGAACAAAACGUAAACGGGAAGCCCGUGCACAGGAUGAAGAAGAUGAUCUCGAAAUUCUAGCUUUCCUGCCAGCGUGUCCUGCCAAUAUGAUUGAUGCCCAUCAUAGGUUUCGAAUGCUUCUUCAAAACUGAUUGGGCUUUCUACAACAACCAAGAAUUUAAGAAGUUCCAAGAGACCCUUGUAUUUAUCCACUUUCUGCCGAUUCGGCUGCUUUUGCUGACUAUAUCUCUGAAGUUCAUUCACAAGAAAUUCCAUGCUGGCACUUGGGCCAAGUUCCUGUAAUGAUUUUCUUAAGUAACCACCCUCAGAGGUUUCUUCCGUUUUGCUUUGUUUCCUAAAGGCAGAGCGAGUUGGCCAGGUAUCCGUACACAACAAGGAGCUCCCAGUUUUUCUUUUAUGGGGUCAUUAGUGCAGAAUGCUCAACGUUUUUGCACUGCAAAAACCACAGAAAAAGUCGCCACAGCUCCCCAAAACACGUUUCUACACGUAUCAGUGCUUUGCCAAGAAUGAUCAUCUCUAUACAGAGAUUUUUCCUCAUAGAACCAUAAACUACCACUAGACGUUUUCGUUGGUUGCAUAAACGUGCGAUUGAUCUCUCUGAAGUAGCACCUAGCAAUACGGGAAAACAUUUGCAACACCAUGUUGUUUUUAAACUGUUAUCAGAAAACUUUCGCUUGUGUACAUAUUAACACAUUGCGUGGGAUCAGGCAAAUCUUUAACAGAGUAACAAAAACAUGUUCGGUUGUUCAGAUAUCAAACGUUGCAUGAUUUGCUGUCAAACUUCAAAGUUUACAUGUCAGAAAGCGUUCCCCGCGAGCGGUCAAAUGACUAGCCACUGGCCGUAACUAGUCACUUUGGCGCCAACCCCCCAGUCACGCGAACCAUUGCCUGCAUUCUUUCAAAAGACUGAACCUAUAAAACCAUGUUUUUCCUCACCAUGUGUUCACGCUGUUGAUAGAUGGCUGUGUGUAUGUAAAGUCAAACGCAGAAUUCAGAAAGUCUUUGGUUAGCAAACUGCGAUGGAUGAAAGCCUUGAAACGUUUUUGAGCCGUUUAAAUUUGUCUCGGUACCUCGAUAAUUUUCGAGUAUCAGGAGUUGAUGAUCUGGAGACAGUAGUUACUCUGUCCGAGGAAGAAAUAGAGAAACAUGUGGGAAUUGUGCUACCAGGCCACAAGCGUAAACUUGUUUUAAACUUUGAGAAGCGCCUAAAGCGGCCUCCACUAGUACACAUCCUCAGAAAGAGAACUCCAGGCAAGCACGGCAGACCAAACUAACAUUUCAGAGUGGUAGUUUAUCCAUGGUUUUGCAACCAGAACCUGCAGAUCCAGACGUACCGUGGAAACGACUUCUUAUCCCACAUCCGAGAUUUCCUCAGCAGAAGUUUUUUAACAGCCUUCUCCCACAAACCUAUGAGUCCACCUAUCCUCAUUUGCUGACUCGC